GUGUUCGAGUUCUUUGUUAGCCGGCGGCCGGUGCAGCGGCUUCUGGGGCUGGGAUGACGGAAGGGCGCUGAAGCGGCAGGAUGUUGAGGAAACGGGGCGAGGAGGAGCGGCCCUCCAGGAACUCCAAGCUGCAGGCGGUCUUCAGCAAGCUGUCGGGGGUGCUCCCCAAGCCCCCCCACGAGCUGGGGGGGAGCCCCAAGACGAUGUCGUCCGAGAUCAUCGAGUCGGUGCUGGUGGACACGCCGGUGCCGGCGCCCUCGACUUGUCUGCACGACUUUUUCCCGACCUCGGCCGACGACAGAGGUCUCUGCUUGACGAUCCCGUCGCUGAGCCACCGCCUCGAGAUGGAGCUGCGCUCGGCGAAGCGGACGCACCUGUCCUGCGGGGAAGUCCUGCUGCCCUGCGGCCUCCUCCACCGCAUCUCGAGGGACAUCCUCUCGAUGGCGGAGUCGGAGCCGUGCGGCAUCCGCGGCUGCCUCAUCUACGUCAAUUUCGAGGGGCUCGAGGAGUGCAGGAAGCUCUCGAGCGUGAAGUGCGACCCGGGGACGGCGACCACGUUCGAGCUCAACCUGACCUUCAAGCAGAGCUCGACGAGGUGGAACUUCAUACCGCAGUUUCUGAAGAACUUUGCGAGAGGGGGCACCAUCGUGGUGAGUCCGGCGUACACGCUGAGCAAGAAGAAGCUGUAUCGAUCGAUCUUAGAAUAGACAAACUGAGAAGACUGAUGUAUCAAAAUCGCCGUCACAUUUCAUAGUUUUUACACUGUCAUUACACAGGUUUCGCUUAUCUUCACCAUAUAUAUAAGUAAGAAAGUCUAUACGUGAUAGGUUAGUGUUUAGAAAUUCUAUAUCUUAGAACCAGUGACUGAACUUCUCGUGUUGGAUCACAACGCGGGGGUCUUUUGAUAAGAGACUAUAUUUAGGAAAAGUGAUAUUAAGAGUGAUUUCAUUUGAAAGGUACCUGCAUGUUAAGGCCAGUUUUUUAGAGUAAUAAUUAAAAAGCUGGCGUUAACGACUACACGCAACAACUUUUCUGGGGAAAAGUUCUUGGGUGUUAUUUUUGUGUUACUUGAAAUUUUAUUUUCUCACAAGAGAAACAGAGUAUUUGUUAAUUUCUUUAAGAAUGACCUUUUUGUAUAUUACAUCAAUGGAAGGAGCUCAUUUUUGUGAUACUGAUAUUGAUAACUCAAUCAAAAUUUUUAAUCCGACAGUAUUUUGCAAUUUCGGUAUUAUAAGUAUUAGCGUUCAGUACGAUAUUUUCAAAUAUCAACUUUCAGUCCUCGACUGUAAAAUGUGUUGCCGUUAUUUUAUCUUAAUAACGUAGUCCGUAAGAUUUUGUGUGAUAGUACUACAUGGUACAGUAAAUUUUUGUACUUUAUCAGAAAUUACUAUAAA